CCUUGUGAUUGAUGUGCUCUGUUCAGGAAGUGCAUCUUCCCUCUGAUUUAGAAGUAAACCAUGUAGGGUGUGAGGAAGGACCAAAUGCACACAUACAAGCAGUUAAAUAACUUUUUUAUGAUGGAUUCGCCAACCACCCCGUGAUGACUGUGUGGCCGAGGAUGGUUAGUGGAACCCAGCCGGGUUGUCUCAUCAUUAUUCACACCCCCGGAGCUUUGGGCUGGGUGCCGUCCAGCAUGGUUCUUUGAAAAGCUGUGUGAGGUCCUGGGAGGAAGGGUAUCGUCGAGUCUCCUAGUGAGCACCCUGUCGGAAAGCCUCGCAGGAACUGGAAGAUGAGGAUCCGUGUCCUACUGCUGCUGUCCCUGUUUGAGGCCCACAGCCACGCAGCCUCAAGGCCCAACUUCGUCCUGCUGAUGGCCGAUGACCUUGGCAUCGGAGAUCCUGGCUGCUAUGGGAACGAGACGCUCAGGACGCCCAAUAUUGACCGGUUGGCUGAAGGAGGAGUGAAGCUCACUCACCACCUGGCAGCUUCACCCCUGUGCACACCAAGUAGGGCAGCGUUCAUGACAGGCCGGUACCCCAUCCGAUCAGGAAUGGCAUCUGAGUCCCUCGUGGGGGUGUUUAUCUUCUCGGCCUCUUCUGGAGGACUUCCCACCAGUGAGAUUACCUUUGCCAAGCUUCUCAAGAAUCAAGGCUAUUCAACAGCUCUGAUAGGCAAGUGGCACCUUGGGACAAACUGUCACAACAAGACAGACUUUUGUCACCACCCCUUGAGCCACGGCUUUGACUAUUUCCAUGGGAUCCCCAUGACCAACUUGAGGGACUGCAAGCCCGGAGAAGGCAGCGUCUUCAGUGGGGGCAUCAGGGUGCUGGUCUUCAUCCCCCUUCAGAUCAUUGCGAUCACGCUCCUCACCUUGGCGGUGCUCAAGUUCCUUGGGCUGGUCCAUGUGCCCCCCGCGAUCUUCGUCUGCCUUCUCUGCCUGGCCGCCAUGAUACUCGGCCUUCUGGUGUGCUUCCUGCAUUACUUCCGGCCCCUAAACUGCUUCCUGAUGAGGAACCAUGAGAUCACCCAGCAGCCCAUAUCCUACGACAACCUCAUGCAGAGGCUGACGGCAGACGCGGUCCAGUUCAUACAACGGAACGCUGAGACGCCGUUCCUGCUGGUCCUGUCAUACCUCCACGUGCACACGGCCCUCUUCUCUUCCAAGGACUUCUCCGGCAAAAGCAAACACGGUGCUUAUGGCGACGCUGUCGAGGAGAUGGACUGGGGCGUUGGGCAGAUCUUGAAUGUUCUCGAUGAGUUGAAACUGGCUAAUAACACCCUCGUCUACUUCACCUCGGAUCAAGGAGCCCAUGUGGAAGAGGUGAGCACCAAGGGAGAAGUCCACGGAGGCAGUAACGGAAUCUAUAAAGGGGGGAAAGCAAACAACUGGGAAGGAGGUAUCCGGAUUCCGGGCAUUCUUCGGUGGCCAGGGGUGAUAAAGGCUGGGCUAGAGAUUGACGAGCCAACGAGCAACAUGGACAUAUUUCCUACGGUGGUCAACCUCGCAGGAUCUCCACUGCCCAAGGACAGAAUCAUCGAUGGACGUGACCUCAUGCCACUGCUUCAAGGGAAGACCCAACUCUCCGAUCAUGAGUUUCUCUUCCAUUACUGCAACUUCUACUUAAACGCUGUGCGCUGGAGCCCUCGGAAUAGCACGUCCGUCUGGAAGGCCUUCUUCUUCACGCCCAAGUUCAGCCCCGAGGGCGCCAACGGGUGCUUUUCCACACACUUGUGUUUAUGCCAUGGGCAGUUUGUGAACCAGCAUCACCCGCCGCAGACCGCCACGCCGAGACCCUGCAGGAGGUCCCCAAUCAGCUGUCACUGGGCAACAUUCUCUGGAAGCCAUGGCUUCAGAUGUGCUGCUCGUCUUCCGGGCUGUCCUGCCAGUGUGACCGGGAGGAACAGGCCAGGAGGGCGAGCCGCUAGGUGCACGUCCGGGGACAGAGGCCCGGCACCCGCUGCACCUCCGGCCUUGUGCACACACAGGGCGGCGGCCCUGCGGAGAGCCAGCCCUGUCGGCACCUCGGACUGGGAGCCUCUCUCCAUCUUACUGCCCAAAGGCUCCGUCAAGAGCCCCCCGGUUACCCCAGGGGGAAAGCAAAGUCUAUGGUAUACACAGGGAUAAAUGCCAGACAUGGGGUUCCAUGGCCAAAAUUCUUAGAGUCCUGUAAG